AUGACAGACAUUGCGACCGACGACGGCGGGGAUGCGGAGGCGCAACGAGGUGCUGGGGGUCAGAGGAAGAGCGCAUUCUACUCGGACGGCCAGUCUCGACCCGGGACGGCCCGGACGGCCAUUUCAUCAAGGAGCCCUUGGAACCCAUCGGCCCCCCUCCGCCGAGGACUUUCUGGCAAGCGAGGUAGCGUCUCUGGGAGUGUCACGAGCGCUUCGCUUGGAGCCCGCCCUGCAAGCUCAACAAGCCGAAGCCACGUUCCUUCACUCACGUCGCAUGCAUUCUUCCGACCUAUGAGCUCUCAGAGAUUACAGGCGCAGCGAGGUGCUUCGAGGCCGACAACUAUGAGCCGUCAGCAAGAAUCGGAGCCGGCUGCAACCGGGGGCGAGAGCAGCAACCCUGCUCGACACAGUCUUCUGUCGAGCCUCAAUGCGCGCCUCGAAGGGCAGAUCGCGGAGGGGGGGGAGAUGCGGCCGCCGCCAUCCCGGGGCACCGAAGUGACGGAGCAAGAGACCAUGGGCCGCAUCACGGCUAAUACAAGCCCAACACACGGCCACAACGCUGCAGCAAGCGUGACUGAUAGCGUACGGCCUUUGCAGAGGAAGCCAGGCAGUGGAAAUAACCUCACCGUCAACGUGGACAAGAACUAUAAGCUGGGAGGCAACGUACCAUCACCUAUCCGCACGCCUCGAUCUUUCCGAUCUAGCUUCCUUCUGCCGGGAAGAAUCGAGUCCCAUGAUGGCUCCAACCGUGAAAUCCAAGGGGGUGAGAAGCUGGAAUCCAUUGCUUCCUCCCCUCACCUCCCGCCCCCAAGCCGGGACGGGAACGUUCAGCCAAAACCAGACAAUGAAAAGACGAAGCUCGGCCGCAACUAUGAAUAUUUCGAGGGCAAUACCGUCUUUUUCUUGGGCGGGCGAGCGCAAAACACAAGACACCGGCCAAUCAACAUUGCGACGGGAUCUCUCGUCGUCCUUCCCAGCAUUCUGUUCUUUGUUUUCUCGGCGCCGUGGAUCUGGAAUAACAUCUCGCCGGCAAUACCGAUCAUAUUUGCUUAUGCCUUCUACAUCUCCAUAUCUUCGUUCUUUCAUGCCUCGGUCACGGAUCCUGGAAUCCUGCCCCGAAACCUGCACCGGUUUCCUCCGCCAGAUGAGGACGAAGACCCUCUGAGACUCGGUCCUCCUACUAACGACUGGGCAUUGGUCAGGUCCUGGGAAAUGUCAACUGCGGCGAUGGAAGUCCCUACUAAAUACUGCAAGACGUGCAACAUCUGGCGGCCCCUGCGCGCUCACCAUUGCCGGCUUUGCGACAACUGCGUUGAGACGCAGGAUCACCACUGCGUGUGGAUCAACAACUGCGUGGGUCGACGCAACUAUCGCUAUUUUGCCGCGUUUCUUGUCUCUUCGACUUUUCUCUCGCUCUUUUUGAGUGGGGUCUGCCUUGCGCAAAUCUUUGUCUACGCAAACCAGCAAGGCGUCUCAACCGGGGAAGCUAUCGACCAUUUCCGGGUUCCUUUUGCCAUGGUUAUCUACGGCUUCAUUGGCUUUAUUUACCCCGCUGCGCUUACUGGCUACCACAUUUUCUUGAUGGCCAGGGGCGAGACGACGCGCGAGUACCUCAACUCGCACAAGUUCCUCAAGAAGGAUAGAUAUCGGGCCUUCACACAAAGCAGCUGGCUGAAAAACUGGAUCGUUGUUCUCUGUCGACCACGGCCGCCCACAUACUACGGUUUCAAGAACACGUUCCAACAGGGCGACCAACGAUUCAGCAAUCAUCGGGGUGCCGGGCGGUCAGACUCGAAAGAGGGCAUGGAGAUGCAAGACGUCAAGCAGCCGAACGCUCAGCCCGGCUUUCUAGGGCCUAUGUCCUUGCGCAAUCCAGCGCCCACGUCGGGAGUGUGA